AUGGUCGGACCGAUUGGAGGUUUGUCAGGACUAUUUGCAACAGGUGGUUUAGUUCACAAGGUGAUUUGGGCAGGUAUAGAUCCUGCACACCGUGCAUACGCAGGCUCCUCUUGCCUAUGUAUACCCCCUAGGCAGACGCUACAAUCUUUAUGCACAAUGUCCACACCACAGGCUUACACCAACGCGCCGCCGCUGGAUGAAAAAAAGCCCAUCACCAUGGUGCGCGGCGGCCAGGUCGACGCCGAGGCGGCUCACAGCUAUGCGAUCGACCCGGCGGCCGAGGCCCGCCUCAGGCGCUUGCAGGACCUCCGGGUCCUCCCGAUGGUGUUCCUCAUGUACUUCUUCACCUUCCUCGACCGGACCAACCUCGGCAACGCCAAGGUGGCCGGCAUGGAGGCGGACCUGGGCCUGGGGACGUACGGCUUCAACAUCGGCGCCUGCCUGUACUACGGCGUCUACUUCUUCGCCGACGUCCCGGCGUCGCUGAGCGUCAAGCGGUUCGGCAACGUCGUGCUCCCGCUGAGCUGCGUUGCGUUUGGCGUCGUGACCCUGGCCACCGCCUUCAUCACCAACCAGGCUGGCUUCUAUGCCAUGAGGAUCCUGCUCGGCUUGACCGAGAGCUUCCAGUUUCCGGGGCUGAGCUACGUUGUUUCCAGGUACUACCGCCGCAGAGAGGUCACGAUUAGGGUGGCUUUUUUCAUGCUCGUCGCCGCGGGGCUUGCGGGCGUCGGCCUCGUCUCCAUCUACCUCUUCCCAGCCGACCCAUCCAAGACGCGCAUCUUCAACCCGGAACAGCGCGCCCUCGCCAUGGCGCGGCUCUUCCACGACCAGCCCGCCAUCCGAGACCACAAGGAAAACAUCACAUGGGGCUUGAUCAAGCGCGGGGUGCUGACGCCCAACGUCCUGGCCGGGGCGUGGAUCUACACCUGCAACCAGGUCAGCGUGCAGGGCCUGUCCAUCUUCACCGUCACCAUCCUGCGGCUCAACUACCCGGGGCUGAGCACGGUGCAGAUCCAGCUGCUUUCGGCGCCGCCGCCCAUCGUCGGCGCGGCCUUUGCGCUGUGCAUGGCGUACGUCGCCAUGAAGACGCGCAGGCACGGGCUGGUGAUCGCCGCGUGCGCGGGGCUCAACGUCAUCGGGUACGGCAUCUGGCUCGGGUCGUCGAGCUCGCAGCUGAGGUACGCGGCCAUAUUCCUGAACACGGGCGGCGGGUUUGCGUCUGGUGCGCUGGUGCUCAGCUGGACGCUGGCUAAUGCCGCGCCGGAUACGGUCCGCAACGUGGCCAAUGCGGCUGUGUCGGGUCUGGCGAAUAUUGUCGGUCUGGAGCGUAUUUUACGUCUGUUUCAAUCAAUCGCCCAGAUCAUACUCGGCGUGCCCUUCUUGGCCAUCACCACCACAGCAUGGGUCAACAGCUUGCCAUCCACGGUGGCCUUCUUCUCAUCCCUGACUAGCGGCGAAAAGCCCGUCGUCGCAGCCGCAGCACCCCUCAAGGUCGCCGACACGCUCCUGCUGCUCGGCGACCUCAAGGGCAAGCUGGCACUGGCCAGGCGCACCGUCCGCCUCUUCUGGUUCCUCGGCUCCUUCCAAGCCGCCCAGCAGCUGUACUCGACAGGCGGCGGCCUGGACGUCUGGCUCGACGUCGCCUCGCGCUCCUUCAACGGCAUGUACCUGAUCCUCGAGACGGUCACGAUGCCCGACGUGGUCGGCACGCCCCACCUGCGGCUGUUCGGCCCGGCCCUGUCGGCCACGCUCAACCUCGAGGCCCAGCGCUUCUGGCUGCUCGCUCUGGUCUGCGCCGCCGCGUCCAGCUGCCUGAAGCUGCUCGCCACGUACGGGCAGGCGGCCGUGCCCGAGACCGGGGACGGCUUCGGGGCCAAGGUCGGGGAGAAGACGAAGAAGAACAAGGCCGGCGCUGCCGUGGACAAGGCCGGCAAGGAGGCGGCAGGGGUUGCGCUGGCCAGGGAGAGGAGCGCGAAGCGGCGCGCCCUGCUGAGGAAGCUGGCCGCCGACGUGCUGGAUAUGGCUGCGCCGGGGGUUGUGGUUGGUUGGAUGGAUGUCGAUGCGGGCGCGGUCGGGAUGGCUAUGUUUGUGACUACGCUGCUCACUAGUUAUGAUGUUUGGAAGAAGUUUGCUUGA